GCUGCAGAAGAAAGCUCGAAAGAUCCGAAUUCAUGCAUUGAUUCCGAUCCAAAAUGUCCGCAAUGGGCCAGCCAGGGUGAAUGCCAAAGCAAUGCUGUAUGGAUGAUGGCCAACUGUCGGCUGUCAUGUCACAGCUGUCAAGGUGGCGAUCGAGCAUGGAAGUUGCGGAAUUAUAUUGCGUCAAAAUACGACAAUGCAACAAAUUCAAACCUGUCCAGGAUUGUGAGGGUUGAAAGUGUUCGCAUUGAUCACAUCGAUAUGGAUGAAGGACGACAGAUAGUUCGUGCUUACGGAAGAAUGGUUCUUAGUUGGAAUGAUUCAAAAGUUGCCUGGGAUCGUAAUCAGUGGGAACUCUCCUGGCUGAAUUUUUACUGGAUUCAGAUAUGGACACCACAGCUUGUACAACUUGAAUCAACAGCUGUAAAUCCAGGAACGAUGGUGAGCAAAGUGCUGGCAGCGAAUUACACGGGUCAAGUAUACAUGUGGCUUGAUUUUUCGUUCACUGCUCCAUACAGUUUCCAGUAUGAAGACUAUCCGAAUGAUUACCAGCGUGUCUGCUUCAAGUUUGACGAUAAACGAUAUUUUACCGUUCGAUUUGUUGUUGCCGAUGAAGUAAAAUCGAAACAACGCGAAGAGCUUACAGAAACGCACAGCACGGGCUGGACACUGGAAAAUGUCGAAGUGAAUGACAGUAAAUACUUUGUUCAAGUACUUGGUGAUUGGCGACGAGAUCCGUUCGAUGUGCAGACGUCAAACUGCCAACUUUGUAUGGGCCUACGCCGUAAUGCGGUGUACUUCACAACGGAAAUGCUAUUGCCAGCACUUACUACAUCCAUAAUCACAGUAUCAUCAGUACUAUUCCAGCUUAGUAUUACACAACCAACUCUUAUUGCUUUUUCAAUCCUUGCGCAGAUGAUUGCCUUAACACUUAUCAAUGGCCGACUGCCAACAUUCGCUAUCCAUACACCAACUAUA